AAUAUGGGGCAGGGCAAAUAUAUAUUCUCUUAGAAAUAUUUUUAUAAUAACAUUUUGGAAAGUUUGGAAAAUUAUUUACUGGUUUAAUGACUCGAAGUGUUUGAAUGGUCUGGUAAUAUUAACUAUUUUAAGCUAGAAUUCUGAUAUAUCAUUUUUAAUAAUCUCCUACUGACUGAUGUUACAUGCAGUCCAUAGCCCAUAAUUAAAAUAAUGACUACUGCCUUGUUCCCAGGAUAAAGUAGUAACUGCAAACGAUGAAGAUUUUAAUUAUUGGCUAUUAUACAGUACCUCAUAUAAAAAUGUAUAAAUAGUUUAAACAAGUAUAUGUGCAUCUGAAAUUAUAUUGUAAGAUGAAUCUUAAUUGAGUAUAAAUUACAAAAACAAAGAUUUUGAAAAACAUUUCAAAAUGUAAAGAUCUAAUAAAAGCAACAACCUGGCUUCAUUUACAUUUAGCUGAGAACUUCCUAGAAAGUAAUUGAAUUAGCAUGUGUGUAAACACUGAAAAGGUUUCGUAUGAUAAAUGGUAAAUGAUAAAUGGUAAAUGAUAAAUGGUAUUGCAUUGCUAUGAAAGAUCCACAGGUCAUGGUUUCUCAAAGAACCGUCUGAAGAGGUGAGUUUUAAUGAGUGCAUUCUCUGCCAGGCAAGAAUACUAAAGCAAUAAAGAUUUGGAUUUUUGAUCUGGAUGCUUUUUAGAGGAGGAGAUAUGACUUUUGGUUGUGUAUGAAGACAUGCAGCUCUCUCUCUGUUCAGGUGCCGUGUGGUACUGGUUCUGAUGGAGUCUUACUUUUGACCUGAGGGGAGUUUCUGAAAGACGUGUGAGGUUCAUAUCAACAUUGUUUAAUCUAUGUCUUUCUUCUUCUACUACUUGUGUUCUUGUGGUUUUUUCAUGUCCCCUCAUCUUCUAAUGAUUAUCAUUAGUCUAAUUAUUACUUUCUCUUUUAUUCACACAUUAUUAUUUGGUAAGCUUUUGUAAUGUCCAUACAGCACCUUGAACUUGCAUAUACAGAUAAUUUGGUACAUCUGGGUUUGAGUUGUUUGUAAGGACUUACGGAUCUUGCCAACAUUUGUUCAAAAUGCACAAUAAAAGUGAGAGUCACAUGGCUUAGCAAUGGACAUGACUGGCUGAGCACAGCUUAAAUGUAACCUUAAUUUCUAACAGAGCAGAUUUGUAUUGGACAAUCUCCAUGGUGACUCCAAGCCAGUGCAAAAUCACUAACUGAUGUGCAGCAACAAAAAGUAAGUGCUUCAAAUGAUUUUUGAUAAACAUAUACAAUCAGAAUUUUUUAAAAAUGUGUUCUUUAUAUUUAAUAAUAUUGAACUUGUUUAAAACUGCUAAUGCAAUAGAAUGGAAUUGAAAUGUGACAAGUGUAGAGAUAAUAUUAUUUUAACAACAGUAGCUGACUUUUCUUAUUGUUCAUGGAAAAAUCAUGGAUCACCAGGAUCUAGAAGCAAGGAACCGUGUGGACAAAAUGCCAAGUAAAGCUCAAGAGGAUGCUGUGAUCAACAUGAAGUCUAUACAGGAUAUCUCAAAACAACUGGGCUUUGAAUGGCCAGUUCUUGCAUAUGAACUGGGCUUCACAAGAACUGAAGUCAGGCAGUUUCACGCUACGUCGAAAGAGAAGAGGGAUCAGGCCAAGAGCAUGUUGGAAUCCUGGUAUGAGAGGACUUGGGAUAAGCCUAAUAAGACUAAAGUGCUGCAGGAUGGACUGGAGCGUGCUGGUCGUAGAGACCUGGCUGAGAGGCUGCGCUGUCUUCACUGGGGCCACCAGAAACUCAGCCGCAGAGUGGAGCUGCCCUCUGCCUUCCCCUUUCUCAUAACUGUCCACAAGACUAUCGAUAACAAGGAGGCCCUGAGAAGAAUUAAUGAACUUAAUCGCAGUUACAACUAAUACCACUGCUGAGAAAGAAUAAUACAUACUUAAACUCUCACAUGUUCUGUUUACUCCAAACAUAAUUUAAAUGGAUUUAUCAUGCAGAACAUGUAAAACAAUAACUGAUGAUUUUUUUUCUCCUUUUAUUCUUUUUUUUUUAGUUGAGUUGAAGAACAUUAAUUAUAUUGUUUUCACCCUGAUGUACAGUUUGCAUAGUUUUAAUGCUUUCAAAUUAUUUAGGGCACCUCAGACAGAUGCAACAUUAGUCUAUUGACACCAAUACCCUAGGAAAUCUUGUAAUUUAUUCAGAAUAAAUUUAAAACGGUUCAAUCUAUUCUCUAGAUUCCAGGAUUCUACUGGAUUUUUUAAAUGCACUAUUUAACUAACCAAUAAAUAAACAAAACCAGGUCACGCGACAGCAAUUAGGCUACAGCUAUUUGUACAUUUCCUAUCCAGUAGCAAGCCGUGAGAAGGCCUAAAUUAAUAAUGUAAAAUCUACUUUUCAGCAAAUAAUGCAAUAUGUUCCACUUCAAUACUAACAAUAUGUCCCAUGCAAUUGUUUCUAAACGGCAGGCAGGAGAGAUGUGAAUACCUGAACAAUGAUUGGUCGAGUCAACCAAACCCGAUGACCCAGCGCGCGGGCCGCGUAGCCAAUCAAAGCCGUGUAUUUCCAUGUCGGCUGUGUUGCCAGGUGCCUGAUUUAACCUCAGACUCGUUUGAUUUGUUUUGUCCGCUGUUUGGAAGGUUGGACGUAUUUUUGGACGCACAUCAUAUGCACAUAUUAAAACAUAUUC